UUUGCUCAUCUCUAGAAUGAACUGGCACAGAACCAGCCGCCUAAUGAACACUUAUCGGUAUACCUCUCAUAAAUUGUUUAUUGUUUUGAUAAGCGGACGGGGAAUCGCGUGGAUUCGUAGGAAAGAUGGUGUUCAAGUGCCAGGAGGACAGUUUCCUGAAGCAGUUCAAGACGAAAAUCGUAAGCAGCGAGUUCGCCACCAUUGAUUGGACUGACACCAGUGGAAAGGUUGAGAAACUGAAGGGUUUCAAUGUGAUCUGCGAGGAUACAAUACUGUUCCCCGAGGGCGGAGGUCAGCCCUGCGAUUACGGAACCUUAGGCGGAUUCCCCGUAAAAAAUGUCCAGAGAAAGGGCUCUACGGCUGUUCAUUUUGUGGAGUCGCCAACUAGUUUCGAGCAGGAUGCCGAAGUCCUUCUAACCCUAGACUACCAGAGAAGACUGGAUCACAUGCAACAGCACUCAGGACAGCACCUAAUCACCGCCUUGUUCGACAGGGAGUUCAAGUACGACACCACCUCGUGGUCCCUGGGUUCCAGUGUCUCCUACAUUCAAUUAAGUACGCCUCAUUUGAUAAGCCGCGAAUCACUGGACCUCAUCGAACGGCAAGCCAACGAUCUGAUUCGCGAGGGCCGCGAGGUUACGGUGCUUCUUGUGGAUCCCGAGGUGGCGCAGGAGUUCCAGGACGCCAGGGCUCCCAGGGGACUGCCCAAGGAUCACGAGGGUCUGGCCAGGGUGGUGCGAAUCGAGGGCAUUGAGAGCAACAUGUGCUGCGGCACCCACGUCACGAAUCUCUCCCAGCUGCAGUGCAUCAAGUUGCUCUACGCCGAGAAGGUCAAGACGAAUGUUCUGGUGCACUUUGUCGUGGGCGAGAGGGUGCUCGUCAAGCUUGGCGAGGUCUUUCAGCGCGAGCAGCAGCUCACGCAGGCUUUAAAAGGUGGUCCCGGUCAGCACUUGGAGCUCGUGCAGAAGCUACAGCAAAAUGUGAAGGGCAGCCGCAAGUACUUCCAGCAGCUGCUGAAGGACUACGCCACCGCCGAAGCCGAGCGUCUGGAGGAGCUGCCCAAAAAGGAUCGUCCGAAGUAUUUCUCUCUCCAUCGACGCGACGGCAUCGAGGUGGACUUUAUUAACACAUUCUUGCGGCUGGCUCCGGAGGGAAUCUUCUACUUUCUGACCGUUUCCGAGGGCGUUUCUGCUGGCAGCGGUGCCAAGGGGCAUCUGGUUCUGCGCGGGGAUCCAGAAAUAGUCGAGAAACUCGGUCCCCAGUUCGUGGACAUCCUCGAGGGCAAGGGAAACGGCAAGGAGGGCAGUUUCCAGGGAAAGAUCAACAACUUGGCUAGACUGGAGGACUGCCAAGAGCUGCUGGAGGCGCAGUUCAAACCAAAGAGGGUCGUCGAAGCCCCUCCUGCAAACGGAGCUCAGCUGGAGGCAGAGGAAUAACGUAAUUGGUUGAAGUGGGAGUGGUUGAAUAUACAAUAUUUGUAUGCCACUAAGGUUCGAGAAUAAAUAUUGCCUUAUUUUAAAGCGAA